AUGGAUCAUGUCCGAGGGACUGAACGAAAUUUUGGUUGGAUUGCUGUUGAGAGGGAAAGGCUGAAUUUAGAAAGACCAGGUGAUCUGAAGGAAGCGUUCAAUUAUCACCCUGCGGAUGAUCCAGACGACUGGCCAACAGCUGAAUUCCAGCAAGCAAGUAGAGAGAUGUUUUUGCGAUGUACUGAACUUUCACAUCGGGUAUGUGAUGCACUCUCAGUCGGGCUUGGUCUUGGAGAGAACUUUAUGAGGAAUGCACAUAAAUCUGUCAGUAAGAAAGAAAAUCAAGCAACAUUACGCAGUUCGUACUACCCGCCAAUUCCGCAAGAUGUGGACAUAAAGCCUGGUCAGAUUCGACUUGGGGACCAUUCCGACUUUGGGACAAUAACGUUAUUAUUUCAAGAUGAUAUUGGUGGACUUGAGGUCGAAAUUCCAGGGAAAGGAUUUGUACCCGCUACUCCGAUACCAGGAACCGUUGUUGUCAAUAUUGGCGAUCUUAUGCAAAGGUGGACGGCCGACAAACUGGUGGCCACUAAACACAGAGUACUCAUUCCAGAGGUAGAAUUCAAGAAAAGGAAAACGUGA